AUGAAUAGAGGUGAAGACGAGCCUCUAGAGCCGUCGAACGGCACCCUGAGAACGCCCAUCAGUGUUGUGAUUACUGCUGAUGAGAAGACCUACAAUUGUAAUGAAGCCAUCACGGAGAAGACUAUGAGCACGGUCGAGAGGGAAGCAGUGGCGAGUCGGGCUCAAAAUGCACUAGAUCUGGCUAUGUCAUAUGCCAUGGAUGCUCAGCUAAGCUCGGCUAGUGUUGCCGAACUUGUUGCUUGGAGAGCUGAGAAGGACCGACUUCAUGAGGAGCGGGUCAAGGCCGAAAGGAAGAGGGCUGAGAAGGAACGAUUGGCUCGCUCUGUAUACAACGAUAGAGUCGCUCGUUGGGCUACCUUGGAUGCUCAAAUAGCAGAGUCCUUUGCUGGAGUAGAUGUGAGGGCAUUUCAUAGGGAUGCUCAGCUCUUUGGGGAGUGUGACUGGACUCAUGUACCAUUGAUUGGAGGAGAGGAGGCGAUGGAGGCUCAACAGGCGGUGUAG